GUGACAGUAAGAAAAGAGAUUCGUUCAACUCGAAGGUGCAGGUCUCGUGGCACGUCCUCUGGCGGAGGUUGGACGCACAUAAAGGGGGUUAUCACAACAUUAAAUCAAGAAUCCCAUCAUGGCAACGACGUUAAUGCGUUUAGCCCUAAAGAAGAGGGUUCCUCUUCGCAUGGGACGAAUGUGUUACUCCUCCUCUGUGCCCACCACAAAGUUGUUCAUUGAUGGAAAGUUUGUAGAAUCCAAGAGCUCAGAAUGGUUGGACAUUCACAAUCCUGCCACCAAUGAGGUCAUUGGCAAAGUACCAAAGGCCACACAAGGGGAAAUGUUGGCCGCUGUGGACUCGUGCUCUCGGGCGUAUCGCACCUGGUCUGAAACGUCAAUCCUAUCCCGCCAGCAAAUCUUCCUUCGCUACCAGCAGCUCAUUAAAGACAAUAUCAAAGAGCUUGCAAAAAUAAUAACAUUGGAGCAGGGUAAAACUCUUGCUGACGCUGAGGGAGAUGUAUUCAGAGGACUGCAGGUGGUGGAACACACAUGUAGCAUUACAUCCCUUAUGCUGGGUGAGACUCUCCCUUCUUUAACUAAAGACAUGGACACAUACACAUACCGCUUGCCCAUUGGUGUGUGUGCUGGCAUUGCCCCCUUCAAUUUCCCUGCCAUGAUUCCUCUGUGGAUGUUCCCAAUGGGAAUGGUGUGUGGAAACACUUACCUGAUGAAGCCCUCAGAGAGAGUCCCCGGUUGCGCUAUGAUGCUGGCCAAGCUUCUGCAGGACGCUGGUGCUCCAGACGGAACGUUAAACGUCAUCCACGGGCAACAUGCAGCUGUAGAUUUCAUCUGUGACCAUCCUGACAUAAAAGCCAUCAGUUUUGUGGGUUCUAACCAGGCUGGAGAGUACAUCUAUGCAAGAGGCUCUAAAAAUGGCAAAAGAGUUCAGAGUAACAUGGGGGCAAAGAAUCACGGCGUGGUGAUGCCUGAUGCCAACAAGGAGAACACACUGAACCAGUUGGUUGGUGCUGCUUUUGGAGCAGCAGGUCAGAGAUGUAUGGCACUUUCCACUGCUGUUCUUGUAGGAGAGGCUCGAAACUGGUUGCCUGAGCUUGUUGAGCGUGCAAAGAAUCUUCGUGUCAAUGCAGGUGACCAGCCCGGAGCUGAUGUUGGACCUCUCAUCACUCCCCAGGCUAAAAAGCGCGUGAACAGCCUUAUUCAGAGCGGUGUGGAUGAAGGUGCGAAGAUUCUGCUUGAUGGCAGAAAUGUGAAGGUCAAGGGUUACGAAAACGGGAACUUUGUAGGACCGACAAUCAUUAGCAAUGUCACGCCUGAUAUGAAAUGCUAUAAAGAAGAGAUAUUUGGACCGGUGUUGGUGGUCAUGGAGGCCGACAGUUUGGAUGAUGCCAUUAACAUAGUGAAUAAAAACCCGUAUGGCAACGGAACAGCCAUUUUCACCACCAAUGGUGCCACAGCACGUAAAUACACCCAUGAAGUUGACGUUGGGCAGGUUGGAGUUAAUGUGCCUAUUCCUGUCCCCCUGCCCAUGUUUUCAUUCACCGGAUCCAGAGCCUCCUUUAGAGGCGACACCAAUUUCUAUGGAAAACAAGGCAUUCAGUUUUACACACAGAUCAAGACCGUUACCUCACAGUGGAAGGCAGAAGAUGCGACAUUGAAAUCUCCUGCCGUUACCAUGCCAACAAUGGGGCGUUAAGUGUUUAUCAACAGUAGUAUUUCUGAAACAACACUACCAUCAAACUUUAGUCUAACAUAUGUACAGAUUGUUAUUUGAAAAAAAUGACCUUGAUAUCUGGAAUAUGUUAAUGAAAUGUGACUUUUUUUCUCCAUUCUUCAAUAUAACAAAUGUUGCACAUAUUGUAGACCACUGUGUGACACAUCUGUAUGAUGUCACCAUAAUACAGUACAGCACAAUUUGUUUCCCUAUGUUUUAUAAAGAAUUUGACUCCAUGUUUAGCCGUAAAUUUGCUUUGAUUGUGAAUGUAUCGUCUUAAAUCUUCAAAAAGGUUAAGUGAUAUAACUUCUAAUGUCUGUAGGUAGCUGGUUGGAGCAUUAAUUCAGAAUUAUUAACCUUCAGCAUUAUUUCAGAUUAAAUCUGAGCAUCUGUAUGCAUAUGCAAGACACUGUUAACCUACUGACCAUGGUUAAAUAGUAGACUGAUUUGGGAUGUUUGUCUCAAUAAAUAAGGCGAAGAAUU